GAACAAUAUAUUCCAAGAUCAUGUAUGUUACAGAAUUUUAUGGCUUCUGGAUCGUUUUAUUUCUGUCUUUAUGGGAAUCUUCGCUUGGCCAGAUUGUCUAUUCCGUCUCCGAGGAGGUAAAUAAAGGAUCUGUGAUCGGGAAUAUAGCAAAAGACCUGAAGAUCAGUGCUCAGGAACUAGAAUCACAUAUGUUUCAGAUUAUGCCUGGAUCAAAUGCAAAGUAUUUUGAUGUAAACGUCAAAACGGGCUCGCUGUUUGUCAAAGACCGGAUUGAUCGUGAGGAGUUGUGUGGCAGUAAUCAGAAAUGUGCGUUGAAUUUAGAGGCUCUUGCUCAGAAUCCUCACAGACUUUACCGUCUUGAAAUUAUAAUUGUGGAUGUGAACGACAAUGCUCCUUUUUUCCCAGACAGCAAGUAUGUUGUCAAUGUUACAGAGAUUGCAAAUGAGGGGGAAAGAUUUCCUCUUCCCAUUGCAAAAGAUCCAGAUGUUGGCAGUAAUUCUCUGAAAGACUACAAACUCAGUUCAAAUGAGUAUUUUUCUUUAGAUAUUCAUAGCGGGCAACAGAGUAUGUUAGCUGAGUUAGUACUACAGAAAGCUUUAGACAGAGAGAAACAAGCUGUUAUUCACUUAAUACUCACCGCUAUUGACGGAGGAAAACCUCCUAAAUCUGGAACAUUGAAUAUUGUUGUUGACGUCAUGGAUGUAAAUGAUAAUAAACCUAUUUUCACCAAACCUUUAUACAAAGUUAAAGUGAAGGAAAACACACCAAUUGGAACCAAAGUAACUACUGUUUCUGCCAGUGAUUUGGAUGAGGGCAUCAAUAGUGUAAUUCAAUAUUCAUUUCUUGGACAUGGAAAUACCGAUGAACUGAACCGGUUUGCAAUAAAUUCUAACUCAGGAGAAAUUGUUGUUCAAGGUCAAAUUGAUUACGAGGAACACCCUGAAAUUGAACUGCGCGUUCAGGCGAGAGAUAAAGGCGUUCCUCCUAAAAGUACACACUGCAAAGUUUUAAUAGAAGUUGUGGAUGAGAAUGACAACGCGCCAGAAAUAGUUAUGUCUCCUCUGUUGGAAAUUAUGAAAGAAGACACAAAGUCAGGAACUGCAGUUGCUUUAGUCGCAGUGUCCGAUAAAGAUGGAGGUAAAAAUGGCAUUGUACACUGUGCACUGAAAGGCUCGUAUCCUUUCAAACUGGAGACGUCAUAUAACAAUCAUUAUUCUCUAGUUGUAAAUGGACCUCUGGACAGAGAGAGUGUUUCUCUGUAUAACAUCACAAUUACAGCUGCAGAUGAAGGAACUCCGCCUCUUUCCAGCAGCACUCUUAUAACUGUACAUAUCUCUGAUGUUAAUGACAAUGCUCCACAUUUCCCAGCUCCCGUUAUUAACGCUUUUCUAAGUGAGAAUGGUCAAGCUGCAGGUCUGGUGACAAGAGUGUCAGCUGAUGAUUCAGACACUCAUGAGAACGCAGAACUUUCAUAUUCACUGUUAGACAGUUCCAGCUCCAGUGUUCCUAUAACAACACUAAUAAAUAUAAACUAUUUGACUGGAGAAAUAUUCAGUUUGCAAUCAUUCAAUCACGAAGAAACGAAAAGACUGCAGUUUCAAGUUAUGGCAACAGACUCCGGUGUUCCUCCUCUGAGCAGUAAUGCCACUGUAAAUGUGUUUAUUCUGGAUGAGAAUGACAACAGUCCGGUUAUUUUACCGCCUUAUUCUGAACCUGGAUCAGUUAAUAGUGAGAACAUUCCCUACUCUGCUGAAGCGGGAUACUUUGUAGCCAAGAUCAGAGCUGUUGAUGCUGACUCUGGAUAUAACGCACUUCUGUCUUAUCAUCUAACUGAACCCAAAGGAACGAAUCUCUUCCGCAUUGGAAGCAACACUGGAGAAAUAAGGACUAAGAGACGAAUGAGUGACAAUGACUUAAAAACUCACCCACUUCUUAUCACAGUGUCUGAUAAUGGAGAGCCAUCACUCUCAGCGACUAUGUCCAUGGAUGUUGUGGUUGUUGAGAGUCUGGAUGACAUAAAGACAUCAUUCAGAGAAGUUACUGCUAAAGAGGAGAGUUUUUCGGAUCUGAAUCUGUAUCUGCUCAUCGCUAUUGUCUCAGUAUCAGUCAUCUUUUUACUGAGUCUGGUGGGUUUGAUAGCAGUUAAAUGCUACAGGACAGACGGCAGUUUCAGCAGGUACAGCGCUCCAGUGAUCAGCACACAUCCAGACGGAAGCUGGUCCUUCUCUAAAUCCACACAACAGUACGACGUGUGUUUUAGUUCCGACACAAUAAAGAGUGAUGUAGUCGUGUUCCCCUCGCCAUUUCCGCCAGCAGAUGCAGAACUGAUCAGCAUUAAUGGAGAAGAUACUUUUACGCGCACACAAAUCGUCUAUUCCGUACCGGAAGAGGUAAAUAAGGGGACAGUUGUUGGGAAUAUAGCGAGAGACCUGAACUUGAAUGUUCAUGAACUGGAAUCUCGUAUGUUUGAGAUUGUGUCUGGAUCAAAUAAGAAGUAUUUUGAUGUAAAUCUGAAAACUGGCGCUCUGUUUGUUAAUGAAAGAAUUGACCGCGAAGAAUUAUGUUUGUCGAAUCAGAAAUGCUCUUUGAAUAUAGAGGCCCUUGCUAAAAAUCCUCAUCGUCUUUACAGAGUGGAGAUUAAGAUCUUGGAUAUAAACGACAAUGCGCCACAUUUUCCUGUUAAAGAAUUUACUGUGAAUAUCAGUGAAAACGCAAGCCCUGGAGAGAGAUUUCCUCUCCCUGUAGCCGAGGACUCUGAUGUUGGCAGUAAUUCGCUGAAAGAAUACAAACUGAGUCCGAAUGAACAUUUCAGUCUAGAUACACAGAGUGAAGACCAGAGUGUGUCUGCUGAGUUAGUGCUGAACAAAGCUUUAGAUCGAGAGAAACAAGCAACAAUUAAGUUAGUUCUCACUGGAGUAGAUGGAGGAAAGCAACCUAAAUCGGGGACGGUAAAUAUUAUUAUAACCAUAAUGGAUAAUAAUGAUAAUAAUCCAGUGUUUAGUCAACCUCUUUACAAAGUCAAACUAAAGGAAAAUGUUGCUGGUGGAACAAAAGUUUUAUCUGUGUUUGCCUCUGAUUUAGAUGAAGGCAUAAACAGUGAAAUUCUGUAUUCAUUUGUUGGUCAUGGCAAGAGAAAAGACAUUUUUUCCAUUAUCCCCGAAACUGGAGAUAUUGUUGUAAUAGGGCAAAUAGAUUACGAGGAAAAUCCAGCGAUUGAGUUACGAGUUCAAGCGAAAGAUAAAGGCAGCCCACCAAAAAGCACACAAUGUAAAAUUUUAAUAGAAGUUGUGGAUGAAAAUGACAAUGCACCAGAAAUAACUAUGACUUCUCUUCUGGAGAGUGUGAAAGAAGACACAAAUUCAGAAACUGCAGUUGCUUUGGUAACAGUGUUUGAUAAAGAUGGGGGUAAAAAUGGCAUUGUACACUGUGCUCUGAACGGCUCGUUGCCUUUCAAACUGGAAACUUCAUAUAACAAUCAUUAUUCUCUAGUGGUAGAUGGACCUCUGGACAGAGAGAGUGCUUCUCUGUAUAACAUCACAAUUACAGCUGCAGAUGAAGGAACUCCGUCUCUUUCCAGCAGCACUGUUAUAACUCUACAUAUCUCUGAUGUUAAUGACAAUGCUCCACAUUUCCCAGCACCAGUUAUUAACGCUUUUCUAAAUGAGAAUGGUCAAGCUGGAGGUCUCGUUACAAAAGUGUCCGCUGAUGAUUCAGACACUGGUGAAAACGCAGAACUUUCAUAUUCACUGUUAGAAAGUUCCAGCUCCAGUGUUCCUAUAACAACACUAAUAAAUAUAAACUAUUUGACUGGAGAAAUAUUCAGUUUGCAAUCAUUUAAUCAUGAAGAAAUGAAAAGAUUUCAAUUUCAGGUUAUGGCAAUAGACUCCGGUGUUCCUCCUCUGAGAAGUAAUGCGACUGUAAAUGUGUUUAUUAUAGAUGAGAAUGACAACAGUCCGGUUAUUUUGCCGCCUUAUUCUGAACCUGGAUCAGUUAAUAGUGAGAACAUUCCCUACUCUGCUGAAGCGGGAUACUUUGUAGCCAAGAUCAGAGCUGUUGAUGCUGACUCUGGAUAUAACGCACUUCUGUCUUAUCAUCUAACUGAACCCAAAGGAACGAAUCUCUUCCGCAUUGGAAGCAGCACUGGAGAAAUAAAGACAAAGAGACGAAUGAGUGACAAUGACCUAAAAACUCACCCACUUCUUAUCACAGUGUCUGAUAAUGGAGAGCCAUCACUCUCAGCGACUAUGUCCAUGGAUGUUGUGGUUGUUGAGAGUCUGGAUGACAUAAAGACAUCAUUCAGAGAAGUUCCUGUUAAAGAGGAGAGUUUUUCAGAUCUGAAUCUGUAUCUGCUCAUCGCUAUUGUCUCAGUAUCAGUCAUCUUUUUACUGAGUCUCGUGGGUUUGAUAGCAGUUAAAUGCUACAGGACAGACGGCAGUUUCAGCAGGUACAGCGCUCCAGUGAUCAGCACACAUCCAGACGGAAGCUGGUCCUUCUCUAAAUCCACACAACAGUACGACGUGUGUUUCAGUUCAGACACAAUAAAGAGUGACUUAGUCGUUUUCCCCUCGCCGUUUCCUUCAGCAGACGCGGAGUUGAUCAGCAUUAAUGGAGAAGACACUUUUACACAAACUCAAACUCUUCCGACCACCGAGAAGGUAAGAAGAAUUUGUAACCCUAGUUGUACGAACGUGUCUUGA